UUCAAAAACUCCGCUUUCUGAACCUACCACGGACUUAGAAAAUCCAUGGAACAUUUAAUGUAAGGGCUCCUCUACACGAUGGCCCAGCGUAGGCCAGUCUAAGGUAGGCAGCUAUGCGGUCGAAUGAGAUAGCAAUAUCAUUUGUUCCCUCUAACGCAUAAAUGCAUCCCUUGGACUGGCCUAUGCUGGGCCAUCGUGUAGAGGAGCCAUAAGUUCCGGUUCCGGACUCCGAUUGGGAAUGAAAUAGACUAGUAUUGCCAACGUAAGGAAUUAAUUAAUAUAACCUGUCACCCACAAUCACUUGACGCCUAACGAGCUUUUGUUUUGGCUAAUUUGGCUAUAAUCUGUGGCAAAGUUUUUACCGGUGACCGCUUUUUUGUCUUUUGAAGUAUUUUCAUUUCAAUGCCGUGACUAAACUUCUACAAUAUAGAAUAAUAAGUUACAAUAGGAACUGGGUUUCAACAUCUUUUUAGGAUGGGUGAAGAAAGCCAGGCGACACAAACGCAAACCCAGAAUUCGCAGAUAGAAUGGAGUCAACCUACCACUCCAGGUUGCAUACCGACAAUAUGGGGUAGACUUUAUUCGACCAAACUUUCAUUGAAAGGGAAGCUGUGCUGGAAGGCUUCUAGUUACCCCGAAUACUAUGAUCUCAUACAGCCAGAAUUCAGCCUUGGAAGGGCUCUUUCAUGCACAUUUGUUAUGAAGAAAGAUAUAAUUAAGGAAGAUAUCAUUAAAAAUAUUAGCAAGCAGCAUUUUAUGAUAAGAAGAGACAUGAUGGAGCCUCUUAGCCCUGCUAUUAUAACAGACCUGUCCUAUAAUGGCACUUUUUUAAAUGGUGAAAAAAUUGGCAAAGGCAAUAGCAGAGUCCUAGACGACAAUGAUGAAAUAUCUGUGACCCAUCCUGCUGUAAAAAUUUUUAUUUUCAAAGACCUAUUGAAGGAACAGGAUAAAGUACCUACAGAAAUUUCACAAAAAUACUAUAUCUCAAGGAUUCUUGGCCAAGGAGCUUGUGGGCUGGUCAAGUUAGUGUAUGACAAGACAAAAUGCACCAAGCAUGCAAUGAAAAUCAUUAAAAAAAGCAGAAUGACUAAUGGACAAAUUAAUAAUCUGAAUAACCCGGAGAAAAUUCGAAAUGAAAUAAAUAUUAUGACUGCCUUGAGGCAUCCAUGUAUAAUAUCUACGGAAGCUGUAUAUGACUCGCGUGAAGCCGUGUACAUCAUCCUGGAGCUCAUGCAAGGUGGUGAACUGUUCGACAGGAUCACUAAACAUGGACGUCUGACAGAAAAACUGACCAGAUUCUUGUUCAGGCAAAUGGUGCUGGCUGUCAAGUAUCUGCACUCUCAGGGCAUCACUCACAGAGACCUUAAACCUGAGAAUGUGCUAUUAGAGAGCAAAGAUGACGAGACACUGGUGAAAAUCAGCGAUUUUGGCCUGAGCAAGUUUGUUGGCGAGGACAGCUUCAUGAAGACCAUGUGUGGAACGCCACUUUAUUUGGCUCCGGAAGUAUUAAAGGCAAACGGAAAAGGAUAUGGACCUGAGGUUGAUGUUUGGAGUCUGGGUGUAAUUUUUUUCGUUUGCCUGGCAGGGUACUUGCCCUUUUCAGCGGAAUACUCGGACAUGUCUCUUCGAGACCAGAUAGUAGCUGGCCGUUUUCGCUUCUCCCCGCCCCACUGGGAAGGCAUUAGUCUCCGGGCCAAACAACUUAUGAAGAAAAUGCUGACAGUGCCCGUUGAAAGGAGAAUAACGCUUGACCAAAUUCUGAGGCAUAGCUGGAUGCAGGAUGUUGAUGUUAUAAAUAGGGUAGACAGGCUACUGAUUCAAUCUGUUCAAGUGAGGCAAUUCAGCCAGCUUUCAGUUUCCUCAAUGAACUCCGACGAAGAGAACAACAGUAACGCAGACAAUUUAACUGUCAUAAGAUUAGUGGCUAAAGGAAAGCGCGGUCUGAGCGACAGUUUCAGCAGUUCUUGCGAACCUAUCCCGAAGAAACUGAGGAUAGCGCUGUCAUCCAUGGAUGAAGACACUAGCUCAGCAAAUAGCUUGAGCAACCCAUGAACCUCAAUAGGUCUGAUAGCAUGUAAGUUUCGCCUAGGCCACCAGUGCUUUCUGGUUACCAGACUGCAGUGGUUAUUAAGUAUGAUUAUUGUUAUGUGUCUACCUCAUUGUGAAUUACCUUUAUAAGUAAUUAUUUGAAUUUUUUUUAAUUACAUGUUGUGUUGAAUCGGGGCCUUUGAGUUUUCUGUGAGUUAUAUUACUAAUUACCAAAUCGAGUUGGAGGUAACUACUGGAAAUUCCAGUGGUUACCACUGGUAAAAGGUGAGGAAAGAAUCCUAGUAGUUGUCAUUGGUAACAACUUGGUGGGAACUAGUCGGAAUAGCCCAUUAAAACCAUAACAAGCAAAUUUGGAAAUAUAAUAAGCAGUUGCAGAAAUUACAGCAAAGGCCCCUAAAUCUAUUUUUAUAUUUGUUGAUAUGAUUGAUUCUUAUCCAAUUUAUGUGCUAAUAAUUGAUUUGUGUGCUUUGUGUAUCAAUAACAAGCAACAUUGUUAUUGUUGUCUAAA